GUAUGCACAGCGGCAAGUUAAAUAUUGUAAACAUCAUGAGUCAGUUGUGUGAAUACAUCCCGAAGAUUAGAAUAUGAGUCUAGUGGAGUGUCCGAAUAAUUAAAUUUAUUUUACUUCAUCGCACCAAUGUCUACAUGAUGACUGAUCCAUCUGGAAUUCUUGUUAAUAGUAAACUGGAUGAAGUAUUAGCAAAGGAUAUUGAAGUAAAACGACUAUUACACAAAGAAAUCAAUGGACUUAAAGCCGCAUCUGAUGAACUACAAAAGAAGCUUGAUCUUAAAACAUCACAGUUUGAAAAACUAAAAGUUGAUUUCAUUUUUAACUUUCGGUUGAUCAAAGAACGAGAUAUGGAGAUUAACAGACUAAGUGAACGUGUCUCAUCCUUAAUUAAUAAUAUUCAUUCGAGAGAUAUUCUAAUUAGUGAAAUCAAAGUUUCUUUAGAUCGCACACAAUCAGAGCUUGCACAAGUUAAGUCGUCCGAAGCAAAAUUACGAGAGGACAUUGAAGAAUCUUUUCAUGAAACUGUCAAACGGGAACAAAAGUUACUCGAAAAACACAAUACUGUAAUUGAAGCAUUAAGGAAAACGGAAACUGAAGAACGUAUCAAAUUACAAGAUACUAUUAAUCGUCUCCAAUCACAACUUGAAAUGGAAAGACUUCAUGCUGCUGUUGACCUACAAACUGCAAUCGACAAUGCAAUAAAAGAGAAAGAAAGGCUCAGAGGUGAUACUGAACAAAAAAUCUUUGACCUAGAAUUACGUAUCCAACUUGCAAACGAGGCUGUUGAACUAGCUAAUAAAACUAAACAUGAUUACGUGAAAGAAUUAUCAUGCAAAGAAGAAGAAUUACGUAAUUUGAACUGUAAACUAAAUGAAAUAAACAAAAUGGUUGAAUCACAGAGACUCGAAAUUCAGGACUUACACACACGAUUAAAAGAGUCUAUACAAAAGCAAAAGUUACUUGAAUCAACUAAAGUUCAAAACGAAGAACAAGCAACAUCACAAAAAUCUGAGCUCACUGAAGAAAUCGGUAAUCUGAAAUUAAAAUUACAACAGUACGAGCAAGAAAUAAUAUCUGCCACUGUUAAAUAUGAAGAAAAAGUCAAUUUUCUUCAAAUUGAAAAUCAAAAAUUAAUUGAAUCAAUAAAUCGAGAAAGACAGCAAACUCAAAAAGCUACUAAUCUAUGGAAAGAGGAAAAAAUCAAAUGUCAACAUGCUGAACAUGUUGUUCGUAUUUCUCAAGCAGAAAUAAAACAUCUUAAUGAGGAUUUAAAACAAGCUUUAAUAAAACCAAAUAUAAAUUUACAUGAAAUACAAUAUUGUAAACAUGACCAUAUUAUUUAUCAAUUAAAUUAUUUAACUGAUACUUGUGAUAAAUUAGAAAGUGAAAAUUCACGUCUAAAACAAACCAUCAAUAUUAUGUCGGAACAAGCGAAACAAUUUUCUCAAUUAUCAACAACACCAACAAUAAAUAAAAUUAAAGAUAAACAUAACCGAUUAGAUGAAACAAAUAAAAAUGUUAAAUUAUCAGCAGCAAUAAAACAAAUUUAUCGACUAGCUGUGGAGAAACAAUCGUUAAUCGAAUUAAGUAAUAGACUUCAAGCAAAACUACGUCAAUUAACAGAACAUCAAGAUAACGAACAAAUAAACAUAGAUCAUUCAAGUAGACGUAAAGAAGUGCCAUUAUCCAACGACGAGAAUAUCAACAAUAUCCAAAAUUCAAUAGUGAAUAGUUCAAACAUCAUGCAUACUGUAUCAAACAUGAAAAAACCGUUAGAUAAUUAUGUUCCAUCUAGUACAGUAACAAAAAAUUUAAAUACAACUCCUUCAUAUAAUCAUCAAUUAACUGAUAUUGAUGAUACUGAAUCUACCAUAACAGGGAAAGGAUCUAUUUCUGCUGUUUUCAAAUUGUUAGAUGAAGUUACUUCAUUAGGUGGUAGUGAAAAUGACGCUGAAAGUUGUUUACAUAAAAGAGGUAAAGAUUUCUUAAUCAGCAAAUGUUGAAAUAAGUUUCAAAAUUACCACUUCGUAAAUUAUUGUGA